AUGAAUCGCGGCAACCACGGUGACGAUGAUGGCACCAUGGAAGCUGAAUCUGGUGACCCCAACUCCAGUCUGAUGGGUAACAGAUUGUGCACCGGAGGUGACACUACACCAGUUACGGGUGUUAAACGAAAGGUCGCCAUAACAAUACCUACCUCCACGGCGGAGGGCAGUGGGAAACAGGUAGAGGCGGGACUGGCGUGCAUCAAAUCCUUGCUGAAAACAGCAAUGACCGAAGCGAGACAAGGGGGAGAUAAAUCGGGAUCCAACCGUCUCAUUAGGAUACUGGAAGAUAUUUUCGACGUCGUGGCUCCGAUGUUAACAAGAAAGGGGAAACUGAGGUCACCACUCUUCCCCCAGCUAAGAAACUGA